UCAGAGUGCAGUAUAUAAUUUAUGAUAAUAUCUACCUAGUCUUCCCACUUGAUUGAAUAAUUUAUGUAGUGAAGAUUAUUUUAUCGCCGACGCCUCCCUUUUUCAUCCUCUCCUCUCAUUCGUUCACACUUGAACCAAACCUCUAAAGAAUACCGUCGCAGAUUCGAGAUAUUGAAGCGUACAUAUUCUUUACUGUGUACUUAUAUGCAUAUAUGCAAUACAGGAAUAUGUAUGCCCGAAUGGCGUUUUUUAUUUGGCGGGAUUUGGCGGUUUGUAUGACUUACAAGGCUUGGGCGCUGUAACUGCAACUUCCCUUCUGCAUCUUUAUUCCAAUCCAACUGUUAUAUCCUAAUUUCUCAUCUGACAGCUCAAUAAUCAGGCUACCUGCUCUAGAUUACCUCCAGUACCGAUAUUCACUAUCGUGAUAUAGACAGCUAGCCGGCCUACACGCACAGGGAUGCCCAUCUUAGACACUUGCAUAGCAUCUCACCAAUAUCCAUUACAUUUACUUAAGAAUAUUCUCUAAGAACUCACAUCACAAUAUGAAAUCCUCCUUGGAAGCUCUCCCGAUUGAGUUAGUUGAGCGCAUCGUGACGCUCUUGGACCUCCGGGACAUCGCGUCUCUCCGAUUAACAAACCGCAAUAUUGAGAGCAAGGCUUCCCAAGGCUACUUCACCACAUUCUUUUACCAUAAGAAUAUCAUGCUAUGUACGAACACAUUAGAAAACAUGGUACGCGUUACAAGUCGAGGUCGUCUAGGCUGUCAACUGCGAUAUUGUACCAUCACUGGCAUCUCAGGAUUGUACGUGGCUACGACAUUGGAUCUUCAUGAUUACGCACGUCUUUUAACUGAAGCAUUCCUCAACCUAAAGAAAUUUUCUCCGAGGGGCAGGCUUGCUUCGCUAUGUCUUCGUGUUAUUGCGCGUGCCCAAGAUUCCGAUGGCGGCCUCCGCGAGCCAGAGACCUUCCACGCAUGGAGAGAUAUCUGGACUACAGCUUUACAUAUUUUCGAUGUCACAAUGCUAGCGCUAAAUGAGUCCCAUACAUCUGUGGACGAGUACCUGGAUGUAUUUGGCGGUACUAUAGGCUGCAGCCUGGCGUAUGGUGCAUUUCUGUCUCUCACAGAGAAAUUUCCUUCAAUGGACAGUCUCAGAUCAUUGAAGAAACUAAUGCUGAGCUUGUCGUCAUCCCACACGUAUCCGACGGAGCAAUUAACCAACACAGCGACCACCGCGCCGGAAGGUCUAUGCCAGAGCAUCUUGCAGAUGUCAGGCAUCAUGCCAGAAUUGGAAAGUCUCGAUUUACAUUGGUACGAUGUCGGAAGCAACAUGCCCCCAACCCUAGUACAAUCCACGACUUCCCUGAAGAAUAAUAGCCACUCAAAGUUCGCACGUCUCAAAGAAUGUAGUUUGCGCGGCGUGUAUGUUUCUGAAAACGAACUUCUCGAAUUUGUCAAGGCCGUCCAUCCUGCAGCAUUGACAAUGGCAGAUGUUCACCUCAUUUCAGGGACAUACACUUCCAUUUUCGAAUAUUUGACACUCUCAGAAACUCCCGUCACAUAUUAUCAUCUCGACGACAUUCGUGAGGGUAUUGAUCUCGUACACUUCGAUGUGCCUGGCGGCCCUAAAUUCCGAUAUCAAGACAUCAACAUGGGACCGAGUACACUUAUACGGCAGAUGGAUCACGUAAAGGAGCCGAUUCAAUAUCGCAUCACUCGAAGAAGACCGCUUGGAUCUGGGGAGAGGAGGCGUUGGUGUGAAAGCAAGUAUCGGGAGUAUGGACCACUUCGACAGGCGGUUUAUGAUUUUGUUGAGCUGAACUCGCCGGUGGAUUUCCCUGCAUCUGACAAUUCGGAGGAUGGUUGAUCAUGCAUGUAUGUACGUGCUCGCGACCGAGAUACCCGCAUAAUGAGAGUAAUCUAGGGAUGUUUAUGGAUCUUCCGUUUUCGGCAAGAAGUUGAUGUAAGAAUACAUACCAAUACGCCCGAUCAGAUCGAAAUGAAGAUAUUUUUUGAAAUCUGGCCCCUUGGACGAUUUGGGGGACUGUGGAACCCCUGAAAAUCCAACACGGAAUUGGUCGUGUAACACUCCCUCGGCGCAGUAUUCAAGCGUAUACAUGUGUUAUUAUCCCAAAAUAUACAUGAUAAUAUCCCUUUAACUGACGGUAGCCCUGAGGUAAAAUACAACUUCACAUAACUUGGUGGGCUAGGCCUAGAAUUAAUAGCAUGGACGAUACAUGGUUUUACUACUCCUUUUCCUCGCACCAUUUGUACCGGCAGUUCCCUGAACCGCUUAAACAUUUGAUCAUCACAGAAGCCCUAGAUUAAUCCCGGUUUCAAAAGUCUGC